AGAUACUUUCAGUAGAACAAACGUUCAGAAACAGAAGUUCUUACUCUUGAUUCCCGGGUAUCAAGGACUCAUCAGGCACCAUCUUCAGUCUAUUUCUUCAGUAUUUUUGGCCAAGCAGAGGGAGAGCUUUCUUCAGCGCUUGUCCAUCUGUCUCAGCUGAACUUGACUUCCUUACUGUUUUUCUCAUUACAAAUGCCUAAGAACAGCAAGGUAGUGAAAAGAGAACUAGAUGAUGAGGUCAUUGAGUCAGUUAAGGACCUUCUCUCUAAUGAAGACUCUUCAGAUGAUGCCUUUAAGAAAAGUGAACUUAUGGUUGAUGAUCAAGAAGAAAAAGAUGUAGAUGUUGAAGAAGGCUCAGAUGUAGAAGAUGAAAGACCUGCUUGGAACAGCAAACUUCAAUAUAUUCUGGCACAAGUUGGAUUUUCUGUGGGACUGGGGAAUGUGUGGCGAUUCCCCUAUCUGUGUCAGAAAAAUGGUGGAGGUGCCUAUCUUGUGCCAUACUUAAUCCUGCUACUGAUAAUAGGGAUUCCACUCUUUUUCUUGGAGCUUGCCGUGGGGCAGAGGAUCCGCCGAGGGAGUAUUGGUGUGUGGAAUUACAUCAGCCCUAAACUUGGAGGAAUUGGAUUUGCAAGCUGCGUAGUAUGUUUCUUUGUGGCCCUGUACUACAAUGUCAUUAUUGGAUGGAGUCUGUUUUACUUUUCCCAGUCUUUUCAGCAUCCAUUACCAUGGGACCAGUGUCCUUUAGUUAAAAAUACAUCUCAUACCUUUGUGGAGCCAGAGUGUGAAAAAAGUUCUGCAACCACUUAUUACUGGUACAGAGAAGCGCUGAACAUUUCCAGCUCUCUGUCAGAGAGCGGGGGUUUAAAUUGGAAGAUGACUAUCUGCUUGCUGGCUGCCUGGGUCAUGGUAUGCCUAGCCAUGAUCAAAGGCAUUCAGUCUUCAGGCAAAAUCAUGUAUUUUAGUUCCCUUUUUCCUUAUGUGGUACUUUUAUGCUUUCUGAUCAGAGGACUGCUCCUUAAUGGGUCAGUGGAUGGAAUUCGUCACAUGUUCACACCUAAGCUUGAAAUAAUGCUGGAACCCAAGGUCUGGAGAGAAGCUGCUACUCAGGUGUUCUUUGCCUUAGGGCUUGGAUUUGGUGGAGUCAUUGCCUUUUCAAGCUACAACAAGAGAGACAACAACUGCCAUUUUGAUGCUGUACUGGUGUCCUUCAUCAAUUUUUUCACUUCUGUGCUGGCAACUUUGGUGGUGUUUGCAGUUCUGGGUUUCAAAGCCAAUAUCAUAAAUGAAAAAUGUGUUAUCCAAAAUUCAGAGAAAAUUUUAAAACUUUUGAAAAUAGGCAAUCUGAGCCAGGAUAUGAUCCCACAUCAUAUCAAUUUCUCAAGCAUUACAGCAGAAGAUUACAAUUUAGUUUAUGACAUUAUUCAGAAAGUUAAAGAAGAAGAGUUUGAUUCUCUUGGUCUGAAAUCUUGUCAAAUUGAAGAUGAACUUAACAAGGCGGUUCAAGGAACUGGUUUAGCUUUUAUUGCCUUUACAGAAGCAAUGACCCACUUCCCUGCUUCUCCCUUCUGGUCAGUGAUGUUCUUCCUCAUGUUGGUAAAUUUGGGACUUGGAAGUAUGUUUGGAACCAUUGAAGGCAUCAUCACACCUAUUGUUGAUACCUUCAAAGUCAGGAAGGAAAUCCUUACUGUCAUCUGCUGCUUGGUAGCAUUUUUUAUUGGCCUGAUUUUUGUGCAGCGCUCUGGAAAUUAUUUUGUGACGAUGUUCGAUGACUACUCAGCUACUCUGCCCCUGCUUAUUGUGGUCAUUCUGGAGAAUAUUGCAGUCACCCGGAUUUAUGGAAUAGACAAAUUUAUGGAGGAUCUGAAGGAUAUGCUUGGGUUUUCUCCAAGCCAGUAUUAUUACUACAUGUGGAAGUACGUUUCACCUUUAGUAUUGUUAUGUUUGCUGGUAGCUAGCAUUGUCCAAAUGGGAUUAAGUCCUCCUGGCUACAAUGCUUGGAUUGAAGAUACGGCUACAGAAGAGUUCCACAGCUAUCCAACAUGGGGAAUGAUUGUCUGUAUAUCGCUGAUGGUAUUGGCCAUACUGCCAGUCCCAAUAGUCUUCAUGGUGCGCCGUUGCAACCUUAUUGAUGACAGCUCUGGGAGCUUGGCAUCCGUAUCCUACAAAAGAGGCCGGAUAAUAAAGGAACCUGUUAAUCUGGAGGGAGAUAAUACAAGUCUGAUUCAUGGGAAGAGUCCAAGUGAAGUGCCGUCUCCAAAUUUUGGCAAAAACAUAUAUCGAAAACAGACUGGAUCACCAACUCUGGAUACUGCUCCAAAUGGACGUUAUGGUAUUGGGUACCUGAUGGCAGAUAUGCCUGAUAUGCCGGAGUCUGAUUUGUAACUGCAGAAAAAAAAUGCUGUUUGUUUCUCCUCUCUCACUGAUCAUGGC